AAUGUUUACAAAUGGCGGAUUCAAGCCAUAACGCGAUUUCGAAAUAGAUCAACUCAAGUCUACAGAUUCCAGGUUCUAGAUCUAGAUCAAAUUACUAAUAAUUUAUUAAUUAAAUCUACUUUUUCUAAUGUCUAGAAUCUUAUUCUUGAUCUGUAAUUCGGUAAUUAUAGCUUAUGCAUGAAGAUCUAACUCAUCUGAAAUAUUUACUUAUUGAAAUUGAAUCAGACAUAACGGCAUGCAAUAUAAUGUCAGCCAAUGCUAAAUUAAAUGACAAAGUUCCACUCAGAAUCAAAAUAAUUAGCAUGGGAAAUGCAGAAGUUGGAAAGAGUUGCAUUAUCAAACGCUAUUGUGAAAAACGAUUUGUCAAUAAAUACUUAACCACUAUUGGCAUUGAUUAUGGAGUCACAAAGGUUACUUUACAAGAAAGAGACAUCAAAGUAAAUAUUUUUGAUAUGGCUGGACAUCCCUUGUUUUACGAGGUUCGUAAUGAAUUUUACAAGGAUACUCAAGGUGCAAUAUUAGUAUAUGACAUAAGUGAUAGAGGAAGUUUCACUUCACUUGAUCGCUGGCUAGAAGAACUUAAUAGUGAAAUUAACAACAAAACUGAAGUUGAUAGCAUCGUUGUAUGUGUUUGUGGAAAUAAGACAGAUCUUAAAAGACAAGUUGAUGAAUCUGAGGGACAAUUGUGGGCUGAUUCACAUGGGUUUCAUUUUUUUGAGACAUCAGCAUUAACUGGAGAAGGGGUGAAUGAGCUAUUUCAGGUACUAUUUGAAGGUGUUGUAAGGACUUGCGAAAAUGGUGGGAAACGAGAGCCUAUUGCUAUACAACUUGGUUACACCAAAGAACAGAUUGAGGCCAUUCAGAGACUAAAGAAUGCUAAAAAUGAUUAUGAAAGACUUGGCCUAUAUCCAGGAGCCUCUAAAGAUGAUGUAAAUAAAGCUUACAGAAAACUAGCUGUACUUCUUCAUCCAGAUAAAAGUAUUGCACCGGGGAGUGAGGAUGCUUUUAAACUGCUUGUAACUGCUAGAACAGCCUUGUUGAAAAGAUGUUAAGUUUAGCAGUAAAUAUACAUUUUAGUUAGUCUGCUUUAGUACUAAAUUCUUUUUUGUAUCUGAGUACUGAAGUAAUUUUUUGUAACAAAUAAAAUGCAAUUGAAUAUGAAUGUAAGAGAAGGUGUGUAAUGGUACUUUAUGUUGCAUGAAAAAAAAUAUUUAAAAAUAUAUGAACAUAUUUCUGAUACAAUAUACCAACACAUGUAAAUGUUUCUGAUUUGAAGAGCCAGGCUUGUUCUAUAAAAUUCUUUUUUUAUUUCUAUAUUUGGAAUUUAAAUUGAACUUCAGUAGAAUACACUUAAUUUAAAGUGGCAGGGAAAUGAAAUAGAAGAGUUUGAAUUACACUUCAUCAAGGAAGAAUAAUAAAAAUAUCUUAGCAAGUUACUUUCCUUGUUAAUGAAGUUCUCAAAUGUGAGGGUAGUUUAUGAUUAAAAUAUGUAUUUUCUCCGCAGAGGACUUCAACUUGAUAAACUUCGCGAUGCUAUACUGAAUAUAAUUCAGAAAAUAGCGAUAUGUAUAGUAUGUGAUAGUGAUUAAACAAAGUACAGGGUGUAUUUGACGGGAUGAGAAAGGAGUGAGAUCAUCACAUCCAAUCCAGACUAGGUUAGUGACUACGUGAUGUAAUCUCCUUCGUUAAGCACUUAUUGACAAUAUAGUUUAACACUACCACACUGUAGGAAGGAUAAAAGUUGUUGAAAUUUCAAAAGGCGUACACGUACAGCGCAAAAGAUUCGAUGUUUUAUUUGAAUUAUAUGACGUAAACUGCGAAAUAAUUAUUUUGUUCAAUCAUGGAACUAUACUAAUGGAACACCAGCUUCGAGUUUUUUACAAAGACAAAGAGAGUCGAAGUGCCGUCGCGCAUCUUUUUCGCGCACCAUACCUUUUUGAAAAAUCGAUGAGGAUGCCAAAGAAGAAAUUUACUCCGAGAGCCACUUGGAUUGACCUUCAUUGAGAGUAAAACUUCCCCACACUAUAUUUUAUUAGAUCUGUAAAAACUUUAUCCAUUUUCUGACUAUCUGAUAAAAUAGAUACAAUUUCCCUGAAUAAGAGAUCGUCACUAAAGUGUUUUUUUUCGAUCACCCUAUAAAAUGCCACUUAUUUUCCAAAAAAUAGAAUCUAAAUUCCGAAAAUACAAUCUUUCAGUGUUUCUGUGUUUGGUUUAUUUACACUAAAUCUGGAUGAAGACAUGUCUACCGUUCCGCCAAAUGCGUAUUUGUUACGAUAUACUAAAUUGCACGAAAUAAAAAUAGGAGGCCUAAUACAGUUUUGACACUCCAAGCUACGCAUUUCUAAUCGUUUUUUUUUUAUUAUCGAAAGGACUAGGCUAUAGGCAUACACGUCUCGUGGGAAACAAAGAAAAAGUUAAUCUUGAUAAUAU